GGCAGCAGUCGUCAGUGGGGCUCAGAGCGCCGGCUGGCUGAGCGGAGCAGGAGGGUCCGAUGAGACGUGCAGGUGGGCCCCCCCGUCCGGCUCCUCACGGCGCAGAGAUGUUUGACAACUCAAACUACCCGUUUAACUGCUUCAACUACGACGGGGACGGAUACCCGUCCUCCAGCGCGGACCAGGACAAGAAGAUGUGCAGACCGGCGUACAGCUACAUAGCUCUGAUCGCCAUGGCGAUCCAGCAGGGCCCCGAGCAGCGGGUCACUCUGUCCGGCAUCUACGAGUUCAUCAUGAAGCGGUUCCCGUACUACCGCUGCAACCAGCGGGCCUGGCAGAACUCCAUCCGCCACAACCUGUCCCUCAACAGCUGCUUCGUCAAGGUUCCUCGUACGGAGGGCAACGAGAAGGGGAAGGGCAACUACUGGACCUUCGCCAGCGGCUGCGAGUCGAUGCUCGACCUCUUUGAGAACGGCAACUUCCGGCGCCGCCGCCGCAACGCCAAGAUCGGCUUCCGGGACCCGAGGGAAACGCCCCCCCGCCUGCCAGAGGCCCGGCGGCCCGAGCCCGACCCCUCCCCCGCCCGCCCUUUGAACCGCGAGAGGCCGAGGCCGGGCCCCCCGGCCCCGAACCCCCCCCAGAGCGACAAGCCAGAGUCAGAGAUCAAGUUCAGCAUCGACUACAUCCUGUCCACCCCGGACCCGCCCCCCGCCGGGCCCCCCCUGCACGUCCUGGAGCCCCAACAUCUGAACCUGCACUUCUGGACCCUGUGA